UCAAAAAAUAGUUAUAGUUUUAUUUAUACGAAUCUUCAUCCUUUCAUUUCCUCUUCACACGAUUCAUAUACAACUUCUGUAAUCAACCGAAUUCAUCGACAAAGCAUACCAAUCAUCUCUGUUCUUCACCGGAUUCAUCAGUGUUGGGGGUGCAGUGGUGCACGUUGAGUUGACGGUCUUAGAUCAAACUCAAGAUUUUGUCUGUGUGGCUUCUAUGUUGUCUUGCUGAGUUGUUAAAAACUUUUUAGCCAUCUAACUGAAGAUUUCGGGUGUUUAGACGCGAAAGGAAUAUAUUCUAUCGAAAUUGGAAUAUGUCUGGCGUGCAAGAUUCAUUGGAAAUUAAAUUUCGAUUAAUUGAUGGAUCGGAUAUUGGUCCAAAAAGCUUCCCGGUGGCUGCAAGUGUUGCAUCUUUGAAGGAAAGCAUACUUUCUCAAUGGCCCAAAGAGAAGAAUAAUGCUCCAAGAACGGUAAAAGAUUUGAAAAUAAUUAGUGGUGGGAAAAUAUUAGAGAACAACAAAACAGUAGGAGAAUGCAGGAGUCCUUUGUGUGAUGUCCCUGGUGGCGUUACAACCAUGCACGUUGUUGUUAGUCAACCACCUCAACAAAAAGAAAUGAAAGUGAAAAGUGACCCGAAGCAGCAGAAAUGCGUGUGUGUUAUAUUAUGAGAAUCAACUCCAAGUGCGUUGUUUGCAGAUUAAAGAAUGCUGAAGAUGAUAUACACAUGUUCAUGAAUGGUUCCCAUUAAAGUUCAUAAGAGAUAAAAAAAAAGGGAAUUGGUGAGAGGUUAUAUAUUUAUUAAUUAUUACAUUUUUUAUUGUUUUGUGUUCAUGAGAGGUAAAAUUUUCAAUUCCAGAGCAAUGUUAUUAUAAUGACUUGUAAGUGGUACAUUAAAUUUUGCAUAUUGCUUUGGGUUUGUGUUUGGGAACCAUUCAUGAACAUGGUUGACAAACUUAAAAGUUGUUUUGCAUAUUUUGGUCAAAUUUUGUGAAUUUAAUUGAAAUACUUUAAGAUGA